CUUGCUGCUCUCUGGAUAUUUAAAAUGCCGAGCUCAAGAAACUUGGUUCCAUUGACGUAAAGGGUCAUGAGGAAGUCACUGGAUAUGGGAAUUUCAUUUUCGCAAGACCCAUGCUUUACGACCUUAUGAAGAAACAGGUCCCUGCGCAUAGGAUCACCAUGGGCAAGAAAGUUGUCCGGACAGAGGAACAGGACGAUCGGGUCAUCAUUUAUUGCUCUGACGACACCAAAUACGAGGGCGAGAUCCUUGUGGCGCCUACAGUGGCGUGCGUCAGAGUCUUUAUCGACAGCUGGAAGAGAAGAAACUUUUACCGAUUGCGGAUCAGGAAGGAUUGUCUGUGGGCUACGUUCUCAUGGUCGGCGUCGCGACUCCACCGAAUCCGGAAAAGUAUCCGCAGUUGCAGGAUGACUUUUCGCACUUCUCGAAGGUCCUCGGAGGGGAUGGCUCUGGGGCAAGUCAUUGAAUGGACCGACUGCUUCGACUUUGAUACGCUGACUUACAGGUUGGUGCCCUUACUCUUCCUUUUUAUAAUUAUGCUACUAGUGGAGCUCUGUCAGUGUCGCGAACAACCAGAUCUGUUGGGGUCUCAGCACCCAGCUCUCCAAGUCUGAGGCCAAGCAGCAGCAAUUUCGAAAUUCGGAGUGGGGUCCAGAAUCGCACGAUAGCAUGAUUAAGAAUCUUCAGGAUAUGCCGCGCCCGUUUGGUGGUACUAUGCGCGAGCUUAUUGAGGCGAGUC